AGAGGAGAGGAGAUCGAAUCAUUGCUCGCUCGAUCGAUCGGCCAUGGGGAGAGGGAAGGUGGAGCUAAAGCGGAUCGAGAACAAGGUGAACCGGCAGGUGACCUUCUCCAAGCGCCGCAACGGCUUGCUCAAGAAGGCCUACGAGCUCUCCGUCCUCUGCGACGCCGAGAUCGGACUCGUCAUCUUCUCCAGCCGCGGCAAGCUCUUCGAGUUCAGCAGCAGCUCAGAAAUAAACAAAAUAAUUGAGCGAUAUCAAAGUCAUUGUUAUGCAUCACAAGAGUAUGAACCUGAGGAGCAAGAGACAAGAAAUUGGUAUUAUGAACUUUCCAAACUGAAGGCAAAAUACGAGUCUUUACAGCGUUCCUACAGGCAUUUACUUGGAGAAGACCUUGAACAACUGAAUGGGAAAGAAUUACAACAACUUGAACGCCAACUUGAAUUAGCACUAUCUCAAGCCAGGAAGAGAAGGACACAACUACUAUCGGAAAGCAUUGAAGAACUCCAAAGAAAAGAGCGUCAUCUGGAAGAGAUUAACAAGCAGCUUAGGGAGAAGCUUGAGGCCGAAACCAAAUCUGUAAGAGAUCUUCAAGGAUGUAGUUGGCAAUCUAAUGUCUUGAUACAACAAACAGAUCCAUUUCCCUUUCCUCAACAAAACCCCAUGGAAUCUCAGCCAACUCAGCAGAUAAGAUUGACUUUGACCAAGAAAGAUUUGACUGACAGGUACCACUUUGAUCAUCCUGGAUUGGCAGCUAAUCCUGGGAACGUAUCGGGCGAGCAUGAUUAUUGGCCUCUAUGA